GUUUAUUUAUAAGCGUGUGCAAUUCGGUCACACUAAAAUUAAAACGAGUAUUAUUGUGUGUGAUAAGGAGGCAAAUUUCAUUAUUCUUUGUAAAAUUGCGUACCAAAUUAUGUGCCUAACGACCCAGCAGUUGAAAUAGUCCCAGUCCAAAGAUGCAAAAACAAGAGGAGAUCACAACGCGCCUAAAAGAAAUCUUCGAGUUAUUUCUGCGCGACAACUUUUCCACUACCGACAGUGUUUACUUUGAAAAGCUUAUAACGCACCUGCAGGCGAAGGAAAAUGCUUUUGUGCUACAGGUGCCCUUCGUCACGGAUUGGGUGAACAAAUGCCUGACGCUAAUCAGCGAUGAUUUUCACAGAGUGCACCCCAAGGUGAUAUCUUUUAUGCUGAACCUGAUCAGUUUUAUGACGUCGAAUGAGUGGAUGGUGCUACGGCUGCGUGAGCUGGAUAUUAUGCAUAGGGUUGUGUUCUUUAUGCAGGCGCAAGAGCGAAACUUUAGUCCCUCAAUCAAACUAAGCGGCAUACGCGUUAUGAAGGCGGUCACCAAAUACAGCAUGGGCCUGGCAUUUCUGCGAUUGCAGCGUUCCUGGACGCUGCUCAUUCACUAUAGCAACAACGAGCACACAUUGUACGUAGUGCGUGAGGCACGUCAGCUGCUCUACGAGAUGCUCUACAAAUUCUGCGACAAGAUGCAUGAUGAGGCUGUCACCCUGGAGAUUCUAUCAGAGAUUAUGAAGCCCAUACACGAUAAUGUAUACAUAACAGAUAAUAUCAGUGAUAAUACCAGCGGAGAGGAGGAGCGUAUACAUGUCAGUGUGGAUGAUAAUGAGCUGCUGCACAAGAUUUCUUCAACGGUUGACCUGCUCAGCUAUAUACUGCAGCAGACGCUGGUCAGCGAGGAACGUACGAAAAUUGUCUCGCUGUUGCGAGAGCACCACAACCUUGACCUAAAUAUCUGGAAACUAGUCGAGAUGACGCAUAAUACGUACUUCACGGAGAAGAUGCUUAGUACACUCUGCAGUUAUCACUUUGCUACGCUGGUUCAUGAGAAAAUACUGAAUCCAGAUUGUGUAGAGCCUCCGGAGCAGUUCACCGAUUUUGGACUGUCGUUUUUUAAUCUCAUGAAAUUCUGCAUACAGCGCAGUGAUGGCAUCACUUUUAUCAAAAUGGCUGAACUGCAUCACAUACUGUGGAAGAAGCUGGGCACACGAGUGCCUAAGGAAAUCGUCAUCCAGGACCAGCGUGUUUCAUUUGAAAACCAGUUAAUUUGCUUUCACAUGAUGCCGCUACUCUUCUCCAUGAAGUUUGCAAUGAAAAUGGCCGAUGAGUCAAAGAGCGAACUCUUUGAUACAUACAUCAUGAAACUCCUUGAAAUGUCCUGCGAGCAAACGCUGCGUUUGUGCUAUAGCUUGCGCGAUGCCUUUAUCACACCCGAAGGUCAUACCAAUGGCGGAUUGUUCACACCGGAAUUGGCCCGGAAAUGUGUGCACAGUAUACUCUCACUAGAGCAUGUACUGGAUCGCGAGCAAGCGGUCACCGUCUGCCAGGCGCUGCUCUAUGCUUUGCGUGAGGUUGUCGCAUUCAAUCAUUCCAGCAAGCACAAUGAGCCAGAGGAUUGCCAUGGUGCGAGCACCUCCAGUAAUUACUCUGAUAUAUAUCCACGUGGCUCUGAAGCUAUCAUCAAGGAUCCAAAGGUUUUACAUUCAGUUAUGGUUGGUCUGCGCACGCUCAUCGAGCGCUUUAAGAUCACGUGGAAGGAAUCCGUGGAGACAAUUGGUCUGGUUAACUGCUUGGCUUUUGUGCUAGAAAACUGCAACUUGGAUCCGACUUGCACCGUGGAGGCCCUGAAGUUGGUUCAAUUGGCUGUGGAGCACUUUUUGUCACCCAAUAUGGCGCUGCUUGUGGAUAAUCUACAGGGCUCGGCUUUGGUUUGCCUGGGUCCCAUUAUUGUCAAACGCAUGCACGACACGGCUUGGGAAGUGCGUGAUUCUGCGUUGGAGCUAACAACAUCCAUUGCCUGCAUCUCUCGCAUAAAGUUUCCCGCAUUCCAACAAUUUCUUAUUGACGGCAAAAUGCCACCAAUUGUUUAUGAAAUGGCCAAGCAUGAUAGCGAACCAUAUGUGCGCGCCUCCGCCUACAAAUGUCUAUCCAAAAUGGUGCCCAUCAAUGCGUUGUGGGAAAACGGACUCAGCCAAUUGGAUUUAGUGGAUCAUCUGCUAUACGUGCUGUAUCGCGAAAAUGAUGAUAUUGUACGCGCCGAGGCCAUACUAACCCUGUCCAAAAUCUACGAUCACCGUAAGAUUCCAAGUAAAUAUAAGAAUACAUUAUUCUCAACGCUCAACUAUUGUGUCGUGGGCGAUCAUCACUGGGAGGUGAAGGUAAACGCGCUGUGCUUUUGGCGCAUGGAGUUUAAUCGUCAGUUCAAUAAUCAAGGCAUGAUUGAUGGCGCCUUUCCCACUGUCACAUUUUCCAAGGAACACAAAAAAAUUGUUACACUAACAGGACGUGAAGUGAAGUUACGUGUAGCGAAAGUCUUGGCGGAGGUGCAGCAAUAUGGCUACUAUGGUAUUAUACUUAAGUGUCUGCAUGAGGAGUAUGCCAAGGAGGUGCUAAAGCUGAUUGUGACUGGCAUAAAAUCAAUGAAUGAUAAACUGAAUGAAUAUGACUUUGAAAUCAUAUUAAAUGAUAUUGAAACGCUGACGCCGCCCGUAAACAGUGCAAACUCCAACUUUCCAUUUACGCCCGAGGAGCCCAUGUCUGUUGAACCCGUCGUGGAUGAUGCUGCAGUAAAUGCGCAGCAGGCUGAUGAUGUUAUCGAAUCUAUAUUGAAUGCUCAGGAUGUGCUGCUAUUGGAAAAUACCUUUAAAACGCAAAUGCAUAUCAAUAAUGAGGAUACACAGAAACGACAUAUUGAUGAGUUCUAUUAUAAGCAAUUUGCCGUUUCUGUGCGCGAAUGGAAGGAGGAAAUAGGUAAAUUUGACUUGGAUAAGCUAGUGAAACAGCAAGAUGAGUGGUUUGAUUGCAACGAUAAUUUGGUUUGUCUGCUGGAUGACAUACUUAAUGCGAUAAAACGUGAUGAUAAUAUGAUUUCCGAUUGUUAUUAAUUAAAUUAACGCUUUCUUAUGCUUAACUUUUUAGGCAAAAAUUGUUUCCCCAAAAAUAAAUCUAUUUUCACAUAUACUGGGAUUUAAAAUUUGGCGCCAUUUUUGACAUUAUCGAUAUAUUACAGUAAUGAUGACAAUGAAUAAUGUUCACAUAGCAUCUAAAGCAUAGCAGAGAGCUAACAGCUCAUUUGAGUACAAUGUGGCAACAUUUUAUGUGAAUAAAAUAUUGUUGGGAAUAAAACUAAAAUUGAUUGCCAUGAGAUAAUAAAGAUAAAGAAUGCUGUAUUUGGCGACCUUUCCUUUCCGGGACCCGGACCUCGAGCCAGCCAAACAAAUAUUUAUGAUAUAUUUUGAAUUUUUCUCAAUCGGAAUCAAUAGGAACUUCAUAACAAGAAUGAAGUUGCUAUUGCAAUUGAUUGCCUAUUGUAUGCUUCGUCCAGCGUCCGAUGUCUUGAAUUGCAACUUUGUGCAACACACUCCCAUCACUAAUUACAGUAUUUUCAGCAAGUCAUAAUCCGGUCACACUCUUUGACAGACUGUUAGUCAUGGUGGAAAAUUUGAGAAGAGCGUACAUAUGCGCAAGAAUAAGCUAAGAAGAAAAAGUUGAAUAUUGAUUAAAAUUUCUGCAAAAAAAUAUAUAUAUGUAAUUAUAUAUUGUAAAUGUCUUUAAUUUAAGUGAUAUAAAUCAAAUAUUUGUGUAACGUUUAAUAUUUUAAUACGCGUCAAAGUACAACGAGUGAAGCUAAUCGCACACAAAGAAAAACGAGAAGCAAAAGCACCAACUACAAUAAAAAAAAUUAACGCAAAAGCAAAACUUUUCUUGUGUGGCACAACUACUGGAUUGCGAUUG